AUGAAGAAAAACUUCAAGAGCAAAACAAAGGUACCAAAAUGCUAUGAGUGUGGAGAAGUUGGACACAUUAAACCCAAUUGUUCAAAACUUCAAAAGGAGGACAAAAACAAGAAAUUUAAGAAGAAGGAGAAAGCAUACAUAUCAUGGGAGAACGAGGAUGAAUCCGACUCUGAUGACGACGAGGUUGCAAAUCUUUGCUUAAUGGCAAGCGAAGUUUAUGGUCUUAAACAAGCUCCAAGAGCUUGGUAUGAACGUUUGAGCAAGUUUUUAAUAGAAAAGGGUUUUAGAAGAGGGAAGGUUGAUACAACUUUAUUUAUCAUGAUUGAAAACAAAAAUAUCCUUUUGGUACAAGUUUACGUCGAUGACAUAAUAUUUGGUUCAACUAACGAAUCAUUUUGCAAGUUUUUCUCAAACCUCAUGCAAAGUGAAUUUGAAAUGUCCAUGAUGGGCGAACUCAACUUCUUCCUUGGUCUUCAAAUCAAACAAGGAAAAGAAGGAACUUUCGUUGGCCAAACCAAAUAUUGCAAGGAAUUGCUCAAAAGAUUUGGAAUGGACAAUGCUAAGGCAAUGGACACACCAAUGAGCACUACUUGCUACCUUGACAAAGAUGACCAAGGUAAAAACAUAGAUGUAAAGAAGUAUAGAGGCAUGAUAGGAUCAUUGCUUUAUCUAACGGCAAGUAGGCCAGAUAUCAUGUUUAGUGUAUGCAUGUGUGCGAGAUACCAAACUAAUCCUAAGGAAUCUCACUUAAGUGCGGUGAAAAGAAUUAUGAAGUAUCUCCUAGGAACAUUAAAUGUUGGAUUGUGGUAUCCGAAAGGAUCCACUUGUGAUUUGAUUGGUUAUUCCGAUUCCGAUUUUGCCGGUUGCAAAUUGGAUAGGAAAAGCACUAGCGGCACUUGUCACCUGCUAGGAAACUCUCUUGUUUCAUGGCAUAGUAAGAAACAAGUAAGUGUAGCCUUAUCUACCGCCGAAGCCGAGUAUGUAGCCGCCGGUAGUUGUUGCGCCCAAAUUUUAUGGAUGAAACAACAACUUAUGGACUAUGGACUCAUGCUUGAUCACAUUCAACAAGUAUAG